ACUAAAACAGCGGGAAUUAUUUAUAUUGCGAGAACGGUGAUUGUGGGGGUGCGCAGACGACCCUUGGCAGGCGGCGUGUGGCGCAGCGGUCCUCUUCCUCCUCCUCCUCCUGCUGCUGCUCCUGCUGGUGUACUAUAGCGCCCACACGUGACCAUGGCCAUGGACAACAGGAGUGGAAGCCUAUUCGGCCUCGUCAGCCCGUCAUAUGGCGCCUCAGACCCCGGCAUGAACGUUCCUUUAACAUCAAAUCCUGGACUUUCUCAGCUGUCACCGUACUUGAACUUUGACCCUGCUUACCUUCAAACCACUCAGCCAGAAUUUAUUGCAUUAGAAGGAGCUUCACAGAAACGGGGACGUUUUGAACUUGCAUUUUCACAGAUUGGAGGGUCAUGCUUGCUUGGUGCUGGUGUGGGUGGAGCCCAAGGGCUGUAUGGGGGCAUCCAGGAGACGGCAGCAGCAGGUCACACAGGCAAAAUCAGACGCACACAGUUGCUUAAUUGUCUGAUGAAGCGUGGGUCUGCCUCUGCUAAUACUCUUGGAGUUGUUGCAUUCAUGUACUCUGGGUUGGGAUGCCUCUUGUACUAUGCCCGUGGUAGCCACGAGGAUGAAGUCAACACCGUAGGGGCUGCAACUAUGACGGGACUCCUGUAUAAAUCGACUGCUGGACUGAGAAAAUGUGCCAUGGGAGGAUUGGUUGGACUAGGCCUAUCUGCUGUAUACAUUGCCUUUUCAUCACGAGAUAAACUGAAAGAUCAAUAUACACAUAGAUUUUAAUAGUCAUCAUAUUUUACACCUUAUUGCAAAUAUCUGUGCUUUUACUUGGGUACAAAUUGGUUAGUAUUAUUAAGGCAUGAAUUAAAUUUAAAAUGUAUGAAAAUGUCAUGACAGCAAAAUAAGACAUUUAAUUAUUGAGCAGUGUGUUUGUUCCCAUAAUUUAUACAACUUUUCUUUCAUGGAAAAGUUGGCAACAACAUGUCGCAGUAUUAAUGUCUCGUGCAUUAUUCCCAUAUACUGAGGAUUUUCAUCUUGGCUUAAUUUUAACGCCUCGUAUAACAAACUUGAAACAUGGUGUCAAAUUGGCUUCCAUAUCUCCAACUAUUUUUGAACUAGUAGUUUUCGCUCAAGUUAAAGAAUGUACUCGGUAGUUAAUGCUACGUGUAUUCUCAUAUUCAGAAGAAAUGUUGAAAGUGCAAUUUAUUGAAGUUCAGUACCAUCUUUCAAACUGCUAUUUAGUAUACAUGAUUUAGGCAGAAAUAAAAGUAGAAGCAUAAUGAAAUGCGAAGUGCAGUUUAUUAAAUGUAUUAAUGAGCAGUAUAAAGAUGUUUUAUUUCCAAUUAAACAUCUAUUUUUUUUAAUCGGCUAUUAUAUUUGUGUGGUGAAAGAAAAGCCAAGAUAAAGAUAUUUUGUGGUUUUCAGAUAAUUACAAAUGUUUUCCUUGAACAAAAUUUUAAGGAUAAUGUAUCCAAGUGUUGUAUAGACUUUUUAAAGGAUAUUUUCUUGAAUUAUAUAUUAUUUCUGUAAAUAAGUAUGUAACUAAAUACUUUUUGUAUAAACAAACAAAAUAAAAAAUAGUAAAAUCUA